CGUCACUGGCUGCGCCAAAAAAGCGCCGGGAAUCGUGCUGUGUGGCUGUUUUACAAGAAUAUUAUUACAAUGGAUAUCCGUCCCAACCAUACAGUUUAUAUCAACAACCUGAGCGAUAAAAUCAAGAAAGAUGAAUUAAAGAGAUCGUUGUAUGCAUUAUUCUCUCAGUUUGGCCAUGUGAUGGACAUUGUAUCACUGAAGACUAUGAAGAUGAGAGGACAAGCUUUUGUAAUAUUUAAGGAGCUUGCUUCUGCCACCAAUGCUUUACGUCAGUUACAAGGUUUUCCUUUUUACAAUAAGCCAAUGAGGAUCCAGUAUGCCAAGACAGACUCUGAUCUUGUAUCUAAAAUGCGGGGCACAUUUGCAGAUAAGGAGAAGAAGAAAGAAAAGAAAAAGAGCAAAGCUCAAGACCAGGCAGCUAAUGCAGCAAAUAAGCCAGCACCGGGACAGACGCCAAAUGGAAAUACUUCUCCAGUAGAAACAGGAAACCAGCCGGUUCCUGACAAUCCACCAAAUUAUAUCCUCUUCCUUAAUAAUUUACCUGAAGAAACCAAUGAGAUGAUGCUGUCCAUGUUAUUUAACCAGUUCCCUGGCUUCAAAGAAGUUAGAUUAGUACCGGGCAGACACGACAUUGCCUUCGUAGAAUUUGAAAAUGAAACUCAAGCGGGAUCUGCACGUGAUGCCCUACAAGGAUUUAAGAUCACACCGUCUCACGCCAUGAAAAUCACUUACGCUAAAAAGUAGACAGAAUUUACAUUGAUGGACUUGCUUAUGCAAUUAUUUUGUUUAUUGUUGAUAUUCUGGAAGACUCUUCAUGUUCAGGAAAUUGAUGACUG